GUCCACACACAGUAGCACUGAACUGUCACAAUUGUCCUCUUCCUCAAGGAUCUAUUGCUCAUUUUAUGGAAUAGUACAAGAGCGGCAUUUGGACAUUUGUAUUGAAUCUACUACAGAGAAUGCGGCAGUCUGUGGUGAAGCAGGUGAUGGGACAAGCAAUGUGGGCAGAGUUAUGUGUCUUCGCUGUCCUUAUUGGCUUAGUUACCACAGAAAGCACAGCCAACAGAGGGACACCUAAACACAACGCAAUACAGCAGAGACAUAAAAGAGAUUGGCAGUGGAACUUUCUCUUUUUGGAAGAGGAGAAAUCCAACCCCCCACAUUAUGUAGGAAAGCUAAAAUCAACAAUGGCCAGUGAUCAGACAAAGUUUGUCAUAAAAGGAGACGGUGCCAACUCAAUUUUUCAAGUCUCUAGCCAAGGAGACAUUUAUGCCAUGAAGAAGCUGGACCGGGAAGUAAAGAGUACAUACUACCUUACAGCUCAUCUUCUGGAUAUCACCACCAACAAAUCAGUGGAAGCUGCAGAACCAUUUAAUAUCAAAAUUAUUGACCUGAAUGACAACAAUCCUGUGUUUCCAUCAAGCUACAACGGAUCUAUCCUUGAGAGAUCUGCCACAGGAACACAUGUGCUGACAGUGACUGCUACUGAUGCAGAUGAUCCAACUACUGCCAAUGGACAAGUUGAAUACAAAUUGCUAAAUGAAAAUGAUAUCUUUGAAAUUGAUAACAGUGGGAAAAUUACAACAAAAAUUGACUUCCUAGACCGGGAGAAGCAAAAUGCAUACAUAGUCGUGGUUCAUGCCAAGGAUAUGCCAGGCAUGAAAACUGGAGGCAGUGUGACCACCACAGUCACCAUCACCAUGAGCGACAUUAAUGAUAACAUGGCCACCUUUAAGAAAAAGAUGUACAGUUUUGAUGUCAGAGAAGAUGAGGAGGAGGAUUUUAAAAUUGGUACAGUGGAAACCGAGGACAAGGAUGAGGAGCAGAACAAAGAUCCAGUGUACAGCAUAGUGGCCGAUUACACCACAGAGCCCAAAUUCACCAGUGUGUUUAAGAUAGAAAGAAACCCAUGGAAAGAUGGAGUCCUCACUUUAAAACAGAAACUGGAUUUUGAAAGCAGGAAGGUGUAUACCUUUGAUGUUCAGGUGCAUGAGGACAAUCUCCAAAGACCUCCUGAUGACCAGGGUGCAUAUGCGGACACCAAGGCUAAGGUUAUCAUAAAUGUGCUGAAUGUUGAUGAGCCACCUGUAUUCAGCAAAAAGGCUUACACCUUCAGUCUUCGGGAAGAUGCCAAAGCCUCCACUAAGAUUGGAGGUGUCUUGGCCAGAGACCCAGAUGCAGCCCAGCACAUGAUACGAUACUCCAUAGACGACCCAAGAUGUCCAGUAAAGAUUGACCCAAAGACUGGUGACAUGUACACGGACAGGACACUGGACCGGGAACUCAUCGCCUUCCACUCAUUCUACGUGACUGCUGAGGAGCACACACCCAAAGCACUGAAAUCUUAUGUGAAUGUAAGCCUUGUGGUUCUUGAUUUCAAUGACAAUGCUCCAGAGCUGACAGACAUCCAAGACCUCUUUGCGUGUGAGGAUGAUGGACCUGGCAUGGUAAUCGGAACCAUAGGGGCAUCAGACAAAGAUGAUCAUCCGCAGAGAUUCAUAUUUUCUCUUGCAAACCCAAGCCCACAUUUCUCACUCAUCAGUGAAGGCAGUAGUACUGCCAACAUCACAGUGACACAGGGAGGCUUUCACCUGGAUGACAGGCGGGAGAACUUAAUGGAGAUUGUGCUGGAGGAUAGUGGCUCCCCUGCUCUCAGCAGCACCACCACUGUCACCAUCCGUGUGUGCAGCUGCGGCAGAGACAGGAAGCACUAUUACUGCAAGCCCGCGUCCCCUCAGGCCGGUGUCAGCACAAGUGCCCUCGUUGUCAUUCUCCUCUGCAUCCUCGCCGUACUGGUCUUCCUGAUAGCCAUCAUGUUGAACAAGCGGUGCCAGAAGGACGAUCUGGCCACCAUGGGAAGGAGCUCCGGAGAGAUCUACGAGCAGCUAGUGGCUUACGAUGAGGAGGGCGGCGGGGAGAUGGACACUAACGGCUACGACGUGGCCCUCCUGACCUCAGCAAGGAAUGAGGGCAGGCUGCAGCAGGUGCCCGCUCUGUACGCUGCUGUCAGGAGGCCCCUGGCAGACAGGGGCCACGUGGCCGCCAUGAUUGAGGCAAAGAAGGAGGCGGCCGACCUCGACAGAGACGGAAGCCCGUAUGACACCCUGCACAUCUACGGUUACGAGGGGCCCGGAUCAUUCACCAGCAGCCUGAGCUCCCUGGAGACGUCCUCUUCCUGCGCCUCCAGCCUAGACUACGACGUGCUCAGCGAAUGGGGCCCGCGUUUCCAGACCCUGGCGGAGCUGUACAGGCCAGACAGCGCCGAAAAUUAAUUACUAUCAAUACCAAGCUCAGAGCCAGCAGGCAGCCUUCGAUUAAACUGAACUUCCAUUUUGUUUGUCACGCUACCGCAGACCUUCUUCACCGACUUUUCAUGGAAUACCCUUAAAAUGUCUCUCGCUGACUGUCCCAGGUUCUGACAUUCUGGAUAUUCAAGGCUUUCACCUUGCCAGUGCCUUGUGCACUCUAUUGUUGUAGGGUUUUGUUCCUUUGUACUAUAUUUGUCCCAGUCAUAUUUUUUUCAAGUCUCGUUACUUUUCUGAAAAGUGUUAUACAUAUUGUUACACAAAAUACACCCAAAGGGCAUUACUGUUAUUUAGGUCCUGAUUAAACAGUGACACAAAUCACAGUAAAUGGCACAUAUCUCAAGCAAUGGCUCAUUGGCAUGAAACUUUCACAGCACAAAGGUUUCUGAAAAGCAGAUCAUUCUUCAGUUAUUUUGGAAGGCCAAUAGUAUGUUGAUGGAGUGUAAAAAAGCAAUGAACUAGGUUUUUAAGAAUGCUGCUGGGUGGCUCAUUCGGUUAAGUCUGUGCUGUGGCGCAAGGAACAGCCUCACAGUCUUGGAUUGAAUCCAGAUGUCAGUACCAACUGUGGCUGGUAGCUCCAUAGGGUGAUGUGCAAUGGCAAUUUGUGAUUGCGUCUCCCAGUGUAUGAGAGGGCUCAGUCAGUUAAGAUAGCGUGGAAAGAAGCAGGCUGGUGACUGGCUGAGAACUGGGGCUGUCCACACACUGAAUCAACGGUGAACAUGGUUGUAGUUGCAUACAAAUGGACCUUCCAAAUUAUUGUAGGACGGGAAUAGGACAUGUUAAAUUGGAUGUGGCUGCAGUAGCAGAUAAUUGGACAUUUCAAAAUAAAGAUGGAAAUUGGACAUAAUUAUUCAACCUCAGAAUAGACACCAAAUUUAUAAUAAAAAACAAAAUGUAAAGAUUAUGUUAUGGUCAAUCUGUUGCUCUUUAGCGAAAAAAUAUGUGUAAAAAUAUGUAUUUUCUUCUUCUUUUUUCAAUUGUGAAAAAAGUGUGUUUUGAGUAUUUAUAAAUGAAGACGUAUUACUGCUAAUAACCGUAUGCAGCAUUGUAUGUAAAUAUCUGGUACUGGCCAAGUAUAUUCUCUUUUUAACUAGGAAAAUAUUGAGUCAUUCAGGGAUUGACAUUGACAUUGACAUUCACUCCUUGUUUAAUUUGGCAGGACUCAAGAACACAUAGUACAUUCAAUAGACCAUCAAGUAGCACAAAUCGGAAAAAUAAACCUUUUAUAUCACAACUCCUGAACCAAGACAAUAACUGCAAUGACAUUUGUAAAUGAUUACUGAUAUUUCAGUGAACCAAUACACAAUUUCACAAAGAAAUUGACUGCAUUAAAACAAACAUAUAUCCACAAUUGCAGCUGCAUAGACAAUGUAUUGACAUAGAUUCAUAAUUAUGGGUCACCCUGACCGAAACAAAUAAUUGCAUCUUAGCUUCACUCCAUUUGUUUUUCCCCCCAACAAUUUUGUUCUACUAGUCCUGGUCCCAUAAAACACAGAUACAAUGUGAGGAAGUCAGCCCACGAUUUUCCUGUUCACAUUCCUGAAGGGUUGGACUCCCACCCUAGACACAGCUCACAAUAUCUAAACAAAACAGAAUAGACUUCCUCCACAUGCGUUGAGGAAGACCAUUCCCUGUUUGGCUGUCAUUUGACUGCAAAAACACUUAGUGGCUCUAUUUCCAUCUCUGCAUCUGGGGAAAAAGCUGCAGUCUGUAGAAUAUAAUGAAGUUUAAUCUUUUGCAUCAUGAAGAACAAUUAAUCAGCAACUAGUGUCCACCAAAAAGCUUUUCCUGGCAUACUGUAACAGAGGUUUUUUUACUCUACUUCAUCAUGUCAUUUUGUAUCAAGUCCAUGUAUUUUUCAUCUUUCAUAUAUUUUUAUUGUAGACACCCGUGUAGUUUCAAAUCUGCAUUACUUUUUCUUUGGGGUCAAAUCAUUGAGGUCAUGUCUUUUCAAUCCAAUUAUGGAAUUACCUGAAAGACUUUUUUUUGUAUUUUGUAUUUUUUGUACAAUCAGAAUGAUAUUUGCAUUAUACUGUCACUAAAUGCACAUGCAAGCAGGGGUGCUGUAAAGAGGGGGUGGGUUAGGAUGAUUCCAAGGGCCCUGACUGACAGGGGCCCUCAAAAAAUAUUACAACAUGGUAACAUCUAGUGAUGGGGCCCAAAGUGAGAUCCUUUCAUGGGGCCCAAAAUCCCUGGUGCAAGACACAAAAUGUCUUAAUAACAAUAACUGCUUUUUUCAAAUAAGUUGUUGUUUGUCCCAAAUAUGUGUAAAUGCUUUUUUACUGUUCAGAACAGAGGAUAUCGUUUUAUCAUAUUCAUAUGCCCCAUGACUAUGUAUUCACUGUAAAUGGCUCUUGACUUUAGUCUAUGUUUCCCGUGAAAAAUAACAGUACACACCACAGAAUGUGCAUGCAGAUAUUUAUGUUCACUGUAUGUACUGUACAUGCCAAUAGGUGUCAGUAUUUGGCAACUGAAGUGAAAGGAAACGUCCACAAAAUAAUGCAUCUCAAAAAAUGUACUUCAGAGAAGUGAGGUCAGGAAAGCUGUCAUAUAUCCACUGUGUAAGAUCACUGACAUUGCUUUACCAUGGGGCUCAAUGUUAAAAUAUAUAUUUUUUCAGAAAACAUUCAGUAAAUUCAAUAGGUCAUUACAGGGUAAAUAAUUGCUGAUUGUUUUAGUUUCUUGGUUAGCAAUCAAAAUGUGCCUUUGUGAGUAUAUGUGCAGAAUAUGCCCUGUUUGUAUUGUAUAUGACAAUAUGUAUUGUAGAUGAUACUGCCGAAUACUCACAGACAAUUUUAUAUGACUAUAAAAUUUGUCAUAGUCUUCUUCUGAUGAAGAGGAAUAUACUGUAAGCCUAAUUUCAUGGCUAAAAAAACUAAACUUAUCUGACCCACACUCGUCUGACCAGGGAUGGAUCUAGAUUUAUUUUUUGUGCAGGGAAAAAAAUAUGAGAAAGCUCCUCCAAGCUCCACAGCUGACUGUAAUACACUCUGUGUUAAAACAAAUUAUUAAUCUAUACAGAAACAUUUUUCUGAUAACAAAAUUGGGAUUAAUGAAAUGGUUGACUCCAAAAGGUUUGUGCCCUGGAGGAUAGAUUGUCUAUCUCUCCGACAGCCAUGCCAGCAUUGAUGAACCCUGCUGAGGAGGUGCCAGCCCACAGAAGAAACAGACUGUCGAGAUAAUGAGACACACUAAUCGAGGCACACAGGAGGAUAUUCCAUAAUCAUGCCGCAUUUCAUGGCACGUUCUCAAUGAACUUUCACCAGAGACGUCCAAAAGCACUGGAGCAAAGCUGUUCUGAAAAGAACAUGUCCUCUGACACUUUCCAUUCUCAAAACCCACUAGUAACUAAAAACUAAAUUUUGUGCCCACCAUUUCAAACCUGAUAUCAGAGCAGCCAAAAGAGCAAAGCUGCAAAAACUUGUGUGAUGUGUGCCAUAAUGCAAUAUACAUUAAUAUACUGUACAUUAAUUGUUAUUAUUAAUGGUUAUAUUGUGUAAUGGACUGGGAAAUGGGUUUUGCUACUGGGUGGGGCACUACUGUUGCACCCUGAAUUGCCUUAGUGAACUGUACACUUGGAUUUUUGUGAAGAUGUAAUCUGUGUUGAUACGGAUACGAGUGAUUGCCAAAAGCAAAAAUGUACUGUGAAACAAAAAGACAGGGCAUUGGACCAGCUCAUAUGUAAACACUUUUGCUUGCACAUUAUAUCCUCCAAGCCAAAUUUACAGAGGGAGUAUGUUAACCUGAGAAGAGAGAAAUAAACAGAAAUCCAAUCUAAGAUGUGA